UGCCAGCUACCAGGACAGAUGGGAAAUAGCAAGAGCCUCUCGGGGCAGAGUCUCUCCUCGCGGUUUCUUCCUGAGGAGCAGGCCGAGAUUGACAGAUGGUUUGACGCUGUGUCGUCAGCGGAACUCCGCUCCAGUACCUCACCCAGAUCUUUCUCUCUGCAGGCACUGAAGAGCCAUGUGGGGGAAGCUCUUCCCCCAGAGAUGGUCACCAGACUGUUUGAGGGCAUGCGGAGGGUGGACGUGACUGGGAAGACCAAGGGGCCCAGUGAGCGCAUCUCCCAGGAGCAGUUCACAGUGUCCAUGUCCUACCUUUUGAAAGGAAAUGCUGAGGAAAAGAGUCUCGUGAUCCUGAAAAUGAUUUCUGCCACAGAAGGUCCCGUGAAAGCAAGAGAGGUCAAAAAGUUUGCAGAGGAUCUGGUUGGCUCUGUGGCACACGUGCUAAACUACAGACAGGAGCUGAGAGGCUGGACUCAGAAGCAAGCCCCAGGCUCCCUGUCCCGGGUGCAGGUGCUGGCUGCUCAGCUGUGCUCCGAGAUGAAGCUUCAAGGCGGUGAGAAGCUUCUGGGGCCUCAGCAGCGGGACUGUGACCGAACCACGAUUGAGGACUGGGUGUUCAGGGCUCCCCACGUGGCCACGUUUCUGAGCGUGGUCAUCCACCAAGGCUUCCUCCUCCUGUGCUCGUCCCUCGAUCUGGCCGCCCUGGUCCCCGAGCGCCAAGCCGACCAGGAGCGGGAGUUUGCGAGCGUCCUGGAUGUCCUGUCCGUCAUCUACAUCAACUCCCACCUACCCAGGGAGCUGCGGCACCGCUGGCGCCUGCUCUUCUCAUCCGAACUCCACGGGCACAGCUUCGCCCAGCUCUGCGGGCGCAUCACACACCGGGGGCCCUGCGUGGUGCUGCUCGAGGACCAUGACGGCCACGUGUUCGGUGGCUUUGCUUCCUGCUCCUGGGCGGUCAAACCUCAGUUUCAAGGGGAUGACAGGUGCCUGCUGUUCUCCAUCUCCCCCAGCAUGGCCGUGCACACCUCCACGGGCUACAAUGACCAUUACAUGUACCUGACUCAAGGGCAGCAGACCAUCCCGAAUGGACUGGGCAUGGGAGGGCAGCACAAUUAUUUUGGCCUGUGGAUCGAUGUCGAUUUCGGGAAAGGACACAGCAGGGCCAAGCCCACAUGCACCACGUACAACAGCCCUCAGCUCUCGGCCCAGGAGGACUUCCGGUUCGAGAAGAUGGAGGUGUGGGCGGUGGGAGAUGCUUCGGUGACACAGCUGGCCAAGAACACCAAGAGCAUUCUGGACGUGGACCCUACGGCCCAGGCCCUGCUGGAAGUCAGUGGGCGGAUUCGCCACAGCGAAGGGCUCCGGGAGGUGCCUGAGGACCAGUGA